AUGUCCAAGUUUGUUCGAACAGCUCAUUCCCGUGUUGGCAGGGAAAACCAAAUGUACUCAGCUCUUACUGGAGCUCGAUUGGUGGCUGGCUGUGUGGCAUUGAAUGAGGAUAAGACUAAGGUGAUCAUGAUCCAGUCGACUACUAGUGGUAGUAGAUGGGUGUUGCCGAAAGGGGGUGUUGAGGCAGAUGAGCCAGAUUUUAAAGACACUGCGAAACGGGAAACGUGGGAGGAAGCUGGGGUUAUUGGGGAUAUUGUAAGGUACUUGGGGCCUAUUGAAGACAUGAGACCGCCCAAGAACUGGAAUGAAGAUGUUAGUGCGUUUACGAAGGCCAAGUCUGGUUCUGCGGUUCUGAAGCAUCCACCAAGAUCUGAGUUUCAUUUCUACGAGAUGAAAGUUAGCGAACUGGCGAAAGAUUAUCCUGAGAAGCGUAAGAGAGAUCGUCAAUGGUUUACGUACUCUGAGGCCAAGAAGCAGUUGGAGCUAGCGCAUCGACCUGAAUUACUGGAAGCACUUGACAGAUCAGGAAUUGUAAAGGUUUUAUAA